CUGGGAUUCUGCCAGCCGCAGGAUGGCUCUGAGUGUCAGCAGCUCAGCUGUGGGGCUGAAGGGGCGGCAGAGGGCAUAGAAGGUGCCUGGGGAAGGUAUUUCCCCUGUCCCAAGCAGAUCUGAAUGGGGGGCCUUUGUCAUCAUGGAGGGGGUACUAUACAAAUGGACCAACUAUCUGAGCGGCUGGCAGCCUCGAUGGUUCCUUCUUGGAGGAGGGGUGUUGUCCUAUUAUGACUCACGGGAAGAUGCUUGGAAAGGUUGUAAAGGAAGUAUCCAGAUGGCAGUAUGUGAAAUUCAAGUUCAUUCUACAGAUAACACACGGAUGGAUCUUAUUAUCCCAGGAGAACAGUACUUCUACCUGAAAGCCAGAAAUGCAGCUGAAAGGCAAAAGUGGUUGGUUGCCCUAGGAACUGCCAAAGCCUGUCUGACUGACAUUAGGACACAGAAGGAGAAAGGCAAGCUCUUUGAAUUUACAGAAAACACUCAAGUAUUGAAAAAAAGAAUGGCAGAACUUAGACUAUAUUGUGACCUCCUUGUUCAGCAAGUGGAUAAAACUAAGGAAAUGGGCUUAUCUGGUGUAUCAGAAUCUGAGAAUGGAAUUGAUAUGGGAGCAUUGCUGACAUCCACAUGUACCACAUUUUUGAAGACUCUUGAAGAAUGUAUGCAGAUUGCCAACGCAGCCUUCUCUUCGGAAUUGUUGCAGGUAGUGCCGUCUGGGUCUCCGCCCUUGGCUGCUCUCAAAUCAAACAAGCUAAAACCUCCCGGCAUAACUGGUCACACUAUAUCAGAAAGGCAGAUGGAACUGAAACACUGCGAAAAUGGAUCUAUAUAUGCAAACUCUAACCUUCAUGAGCAAACCUUGAUCGAUAACUGGAUGCCUGUACUCCAGGAAACAGAUGAGAUGAACUGUGAAGUGAAUGCUGAGGAGAAUUUGACAGUCCAAGAUGGAAUUGGUAAAGAUGGGGAGAAUGAAGUGCUGCCAAAAGAGGAGAAUCAUGACGGUGAAUCUUUCCAGCCCGAGAUCAGUUCUGCAACCCAGUCAACAUUGUUGCAUACGGCAGGAGAAGACAACAUUCCUACUUUCUUUAGUGUCAUGAACUAUAGAUUCAGUGAUAUUGACCUUUCGGAGGAUGGUGGCAUACCCACAGAAGAAUUUCUACAAUCUUGUUAUGCAAUAGUUCCAGUCUUGGACAAACUUGGAUCCACAGUCUUUGCUCCUGUUAAGAUGGACUUUGUAGGAAACAUCAAGAAAAUCAAUCAGAAAUACAUAACCAACAAAGAUGAGUUCAGUACGCUUCAGAAAAUUGUCCUCCAUGAAGUGAGCAACGAAGAAGCCCAAGUUAGAAACUCUGCAACAGAGGCUCUUCUCUGGCUUAAAAGGGGUUUAAAAUUUCUGAAGGAGUUUUUAACAGAACUAAAGAAGGGAGAAAAGAAUAUUCAAACAGCACUGAAUAAUGCUUAUGGCAGAACAUUACGACAACACCACGGAUGGGUUGUCCGUGGAGUUUUUGCGCUAGCUUUAAGGGCAUCCCCCAACUAUGAAAACUUUGUGGCUGCACUGUCUGUCGGAGAAUGCAGUAAUCACAACGAACUUUUUUAUAGCGGGAUGCAAAGGGACCUUAACAUCUACCUACCAGCCAUGGAAAAGCAGCUCGGCAUCUUGGAUGCACUGUAUGAAGAACACGGGCUUGAAUCAGACGAGGUGGUGUGAGCGUCAGCCAACGCAGUGCCUCACAAAUUCAGGGAUUGUAUUUGUUAACAUAGCUUUUUCCCCCAGAAGGCUAUUUCUGUUUCUUUGUAUUUCUUUCCAUACUUGGGGAAGGAAAAGACUCCAAAGUUUUGCUUUUUUAUACAUAGGUUUUGAAAAUAAUAAUAAUGCUUGUUUGCGCUUAAAUGCAAAGGUGCUAUAUAUACUGGCAGGGUUAUGCCUAUCCUUACAGAAAACGUUUUAAGCCAAAUCCCGUAGUGUUUACUGUGUUUCAGACCAUUAAUUGAGGUUGAAGGCAUGGAGUUUGGUGCCAUUGUGCUAAAUAGUUUGAAGCAGUUCCGGGUUCAAAUCAGUGAAAGCAAGAGCAGAAUUUAGUUUUACUAUUACAACUCUCUACCAAGAUUUCUAAAUGUUAGUGUCCAGACAAGGUAUUCUUGUAAACUAAAUUAUAAGCAGUGGCCAGGAAUUAGUAUCAUAACAUACCCAGCCGCCCACUUUUUCAUUCAGUGACGACCGCUGUUGGCUACACCCAUCCAUGAGAAGCCACAUCAGUAUACACUUGCCAAGUAUCUAGCAGUAAUACAUUUCAUGAUGCUAAGUAGCGAUAGCCAUCUUCUUAAAAUAAGGGCAUAUUCGCAAUCUUGAAAUCCUAGUGCUAGCAUUAGUCCUUACCCUGUGAUCACCCCAAUGCUAUACAAGUUGCGGGGAAGGGCGGGGGAGACAUGGUACAUUGAACUUGUGGGAAACUGAUGCAUUGGAAGAUAUAACCUUUAUUUCAAGGGCCUUUUUGCAACCAAGAUAUUUUGUGUCUACGUGUGGUUUAAAGAUCUAGCAGAUCUGGUUUACAAAAAGGUGGAUUUGGGGUACUUGGGAAACUUUUGAAAAGGGCUCCAGUCUCACCAAGAGUACAAGAACUGCUUCUAAUUUUUAAAGGCAUAACUGGUUUCUCUAAGCAGAGUUUAGAAUGAAUAACUUUCCUUGCAGCUGAAGAUAGAAAUUCACCUCUGAAUUAAAGAUUGAUAGGCCACAUACAGAAUUCAUUCUAGUUCUAAUGUUAACCUCAGGAAUUUCUUCUGAUCACUUGCAGAGGAGUUCAUUUUUAUGUCAUUCAAAGGUGAAAGGAAAAGGAAAGGAAAAACUGCCUGGAAAAGCAGUGACUAUCGUUCUUCAACUUAAGGGCUAUCUAUUGACAUAUUUUCUAAUGGUGAAGAGACAUUCCUGGACACCAUGUUUUUCAUUCCCUGCCCAGCAUCUUGUCAAGCAUCCGCCAUUCCUCCCUUCCCACUGCACUUCUCUUCCCGGUUGCUCCUUUGCUUGAUUCUCCUCCUCGUUACUGUGCCCCACUCACUCCAACAUCCAGCCAAGAUGGACACUUUGCUUUCUUGAAAUGUUUGGAGUUCUGUGGCUACUGCUUUUUUUACACUGGUUCUGAACCAGUGGAGGUUUGGAGAAAAUGUGUUCAUCUAAUUGGAAGCUUAUUAUGAGGCAUCUUCAGCCAGAUGGGGAAGCUCACCACUCUGUUUCCACAGAUUUUAACACACAACCAGGUGGCUGGAGGCAACAGUGCAUUUCCACAGGGCUACAGGUGCCACUUGCUAAAGUUGCUGUAUUGCUCCCAGUCAUUUAAAUCUCACAUCAGUGGCAUAGUUACGAAUAAUGAACAGAGAAAAAGGUUUUUUGCACAAUAAAUAUUUCAGCCUAUUUAGUCCUAUUCCUACCGGAAUUAGUAUUCUAGGGCUUCUCUUCCAUCUCCUGGGAGCAAUGCAUGUGCUUCAUCAUAAAACAAAUCCAUUCAGUUCUCAUGGCUGGCUUCUUGUAGAGUAAGGUUAUCAUCAUGAAGAAUGCAGGUGUUUGGUGUGUUUUGGCUAAGCCUGUGUAAGUGAACUUCUUUUCUUUAACUUGAAGGGGGAGGUGGGGUGGGGAGGCAGCCCAUGGCCAAAAGAGAAAGCAGCUCCAUUUGUUCCUCUGCGAUUGAACUGAACCAUCCCCUGAGAAAGGCAGGCUGGGAAUCCCCAUGGCUACGGGAAACAUGCAAAGCAGCACAAAGUGGCUGGUUGUAGGCGGAGGGCCAGGGCAAACCCUGCCCGCUCUGGCUGUGAAGCAAAAUUACAUUUGUGCUACAAGGUCUCUCACGUUUUGUGAGGAGAUCAGGAAGUGAGGGCAGACCCUUGCGAUAUAUAUAAUACACUGGACAUUCCUGUACUUCAAUUAUUCCUGGUCAAAUUGACUUCUCUACUUGCUAUUAGAAGAUCUGUCAUUUUCGUUUAUUGCAGAAAGUCUUGUUGUCCUGUGUGGAAGUCUAAUAGCUUUCCCAAAAUUAAUGUACAUCUCAUAAAGCAACGCACAUUUGUGAUACUUAAUAUUGUUUUAUCAAGCAAAGCUGCCAAGCAGUGGUGACGUCUGAUGUAUGCUGAUACAGAACCUCUGCUGUGGGGCUUGUCAAAGGACUGUGCCAGAUGGGCAAAAACAGCUGGUCCACUUAUUCAGUGCUGAGUGUGAGCAUUUCACAGGGUAGUAUGUUGCUUGGGGGUUAAAAGGAUAAUUGUGCAAUCUUGCAACUGAAAUAUAAGCAUGCUUUCUGCUCUCAACUAUUAGACUGACAUUUCAUUUCCAAAGCAAAGAUGUCUUACAUCUCUGUCCCAUUCUUCACUUUAUCAAAAAUGAACUGUCAGUCUAGCUACAGCAUACAAUCCAAAUACAUGUCCACCUUCUGAUUCCUUUUUAGCAGCUGAUAUAUUCUCAGGGAUCGGAGCAGCAAGGCAAAAAUGCACAAGUCCAUAUUUUAAAAGAUUUUGAAAGUUCAUGUAAAAAUACUAUCAGUCAAUUUAACCUCGUGUAAAGGGCACUUCUGCUAUAAGCUGUCUGUUUGGCUAAUGCAUUUGCUCAUGACAUAAGAAUACCAAAGUGAUCUGAAAUGCUUCUAAUUUAUCAGCUGUUGGCAUAUUUUACUUGCAAAAUGUAUAUCUUUUUAAAGUAAUGUAGAAACUCAUAGAACUGUUGUGUUUCAACAAAGAACAAACAUUUUACUAGAAACUCCUCCCCCCACCCCCCGGUACACAUUUGUGGUAUGUAUUAAAUUGGCUUGAUAUUUUGUAAGAUUGCCUUAUUUUAAAACAUAUUAAAUAUAUCAAUAUAAACUGGUGAUCUGUCAGACAAAAAUGCCAAAUGUUAUGAGAGUGGCAGUACAAUCCUGUCCAGACUUCCUAGUGCUGAGUGUGUAUGAUUUCAAAGACCUUUGAAAUCAAUGGCCUUCGUUUGGACUUCUAGUAGAAUGGUGUUUCAAACAGGGCCUGUUGAGCCUCUGUGAGCUGCCAAACUUCACAUCACUGAUAGGGACAAUGCUGGCUGUAGAGCAAGUUUUUCUUAGCUCUUGCCUCCCUAGAUAUUGGAGACCUUGAAUUUGAUCAGUGGAUUAGAAGGAUCUGGAUUUUAAACCCACUAGUUCUGAAAAAAUCUAGAAUCAGUAGUGUGAGUGUGCUUGUUUUUCUUGUUUGUUUUUCUCCUUGUUACUCCUUUGUUUUUUUCUCUCAUCUUCUCCAUUCUUAAUUUUUUAACAAUAAGUGAAAUCAAUGGGCUUCAACCAGGAGGUUUCACUGUAGGCAUGGUAACAGACCACAUUAGCCAUCUUCUGAAAGGACAGGUAUCCAUUCCAUUGGCUGAUGUUAUUGAAUUAAAAACGUUCAUACUUGCUUACGAAUUUUUGCAUUUUGCCAAACAUUUGACCCCAUCCUAGUUGUGCCAGCAAAUGCAGGCAGAGGAAGAGGUGGCAGCAUAAUGUCUCUCCAGCAUGGCAAGCUCACCUUCAGGCCUCUGUGUUAUGGUUGAUACUCUAAUAUAAAUAGAAGGGCAACCCAUAUGGCCAAAAGAAACCUGGACUGAAUAGAUUGAAACUAACUGGCUUCUUUGAUGGUGCUGAAGUGCUUUGCAGCCUUGGACUGAGUUCCCUGUUCUUGUCUUGAAUAUUUCUACCCUAAGAAAAUGCAAUCACCAGUUUAAACUUAAGCAACAACUAGUUUGAUUUCAAAAUCCUCCAUGUUUUCCUGUUUCACCUAAAGGGGAAAAAGCCAUUUUCCAGGAUGUCCUCGUAUGCAUAAUUUCAGUUUCUGUGCCACAGAAAUGGGGCUCCAACUGCAAUUAGAACCAUACUAAAUGUUCACUUUAUUCAAAAAUUUGGUCUCUUCAAUAAAGUAUGAGGAAUGGCUUUGAAAAUAAAGCCGAGCUUAUUUGGGCUCAGAGUGUAGCGGUGGGGCUGGGGCUGAUUGGAAUAUUUGUAUCUGUUAGUCUUGAUCAAUGGACUGUCUAAUGGAUAGGAUGCCCUAUGCUGGUAUUUGUGGGGGGAGGGACACAGCUGCAUUGUUUUUCUCAGCUACAGCAACAAAUGAAAGCAUUUUUAUUCCACAUUCAUUCAUCAGCUCUAAAACAAAAGCAAUCAGUUUGUGUAAUAAGUGUCUUUUUACUUUUUUCAAUCCCAAGCUAUAGUUGGACACUCUGUUUUGUAUAAUAAUAAUGAAAGCAAUCAAUUCAUUUUUAAUAUUAUUUAAAAGAUUAUUUAUUAAUAAUAUGCAUUUUUUUAAAAAAAAUAGCUUGAUAGCUCUUGAUUUGCAAAGAUUAUUUAGAAAGUAAUUAUUGUGUUCUUGUAGGAGUGGAAUGUAUCUGGUCUUCUUCCAAACUGCAAUUCUGCAAUCAAUAGGUAUUAUUCUAAUUAAAAAAAAAAUUCAUCCUGGUAUCACAUGGUGGCUAAAAUGAACAUUAAUUUACUCCUAGAAGGUGGUGGAAAUAAAAAAUGGUUGAACACAGAAAA